GGAUGAGUGAUUUUUAUUUCCUAUUUUGUCAAGCCCACGAAUGACGAUUUAAGCAUUUUGCGAUAAUUUGAAAUUUGAGUGACAAAUAUGUCGUCCGCCGAAAGAACAGUGGUAGAACAUCUUUAUAAAGUACUUGUAAUCGGCGAAUUUGGAGUCGGAAAGACAUCACUCAUCAGGAGAUAUACUGAAGGUUACUUCUCACCUAACUACAAAUUAACAAUAGGUGUUGACUUUGCUUUGAAGUCAUUAGAUUGGGAUGAGAAUACUAAAGUCAAUUUACAAUUAUGGGAUAUUGCCGGUCAUGAGAGAUUUGGUCACAUGACAAGAGUAUACUACAAAUAUGCCAUUGCUGCUGUAAUUGUAUUUGAUCUCUCAAGACCUGCCACAUUUGACUCAGUAUUAAAGUGGUCAACAGAUGUGCAUGAAAAAGUGAUGUUAGCUAACGAGCAGCCAGUGCCUAUUUUAUUAUUAGCUAAUAAGUGUGACUUGCCAGAUACAGUGAUAGAUGCAGACAUGCUGGAUCAUUUCUGCAAAGAGAACAAGUUUAUUGGCUGGUUUGGAACAUCAGCUAAGGAUGAUACCAAUGUUGGUGAUGCCAUGUCAUAUCUCGUGGAGACCAUCCUUCAGCUAACCUCUGAGGGCCAGAAGCCCCAGGAACACAUCUCAGUACACCAGGACCAGGACUACCUGACUGCGAUGAAGGAAAAAAGGCAACAAGAUGCCCUUAUCAUGCAGCAGAGACAGAGGAAAAAAGCAGAGGCCAAAUGCUGUCCCAUUUAGUAGGACCUGGUCAAUGCGCCUCAGGAAUAGGACUGUCAUGCUGCAGGGUUUCUGGAACUUGUCUGCAGAUCCAACAUAUUGACAGUGGCAAGGUGUUUACCUACAAGUGUGUUGAAAGCAGAUUCUGUAGGACAUGAACCUCAGUGUACAUGAAGGAAGGUGGUGACAGUAGUCUCAAAGUAGUUUCAAAGGCCACAUAGGGACGACAUCACAUCUCGUGAAUUUGAUCAGGAAUUAAUUUUAUGAUUCAUCCGCCGAACCGAUUUAAUUCUUUCAGUGAAUUUGAAACCUAUUAUUAAUGGUACAUCUGAUUAUUCGGUUAUUCUUAAUCUCACUUAUCAUUCAAGCUGAGAAUGAGCUGAAUUGAUGCUAUAAUCACACAUGUGAAACCAACUUUAUUUUGACAAAAACAAUGAUGACAUACCAUCAGUCAGUUUGGAGUUAAUUUUGUUGGUGUGAACUUAGUGUAAAUCUAUGCAUUUGUGCUCUUAUCAUUUAAUCAUAUUGGGCAAUUCCAUAAAACGAUCAACCUUUUGGUACAUCCGACCCCCAUUUUUCUCAAGUUUAACUUCACUUCAUGGUCUUAUGAGAACAUUACAGACUGUCAAAAGAACAAGAAAUCAGAGACAGAAAAUUUCAUGAAGGUCCCACAUAUGGGGGGUCAGACUUGCAUAUUUUAUGGAAUUGCCAAAUUUUAAUUGCACUGAAAUCUUCUCACCAAUGAUCUUUUUGUCAUGUACAUUCAAGUAGAAUUUGUCAUCAUAAAUUGAUAAUUUCUUUUUUUUUCUUAAAUGAUGAUCUCAUUUCCAGAUUACCAUACAUGGGAUCUUGUUAUCUAACUAGACGUCUAUUUAAAAAUGUCCAGAAAUUGAGAAAUUGACGGAUGUGUUGAUGGGAAGAAAAAAACUCUUACUUGUUGUACAUUCCAGUACUCGACGUAACAUUACAAAUUAUGAUACAACAGCAUCAUGUCUUUUUUUUAAAUGAAGUUUCUGUCAACACUUGUUCAGUACUGUCAUUAAAAGAAUGGUUGUGAAAAUAUGUGAAUAAAUCUGUGAUACGAGUACCAUGAACCCAUCUAUGGUUUGCCACUUAUAAUUGCAUUUAGGGGUAGUUGUAUAAACUUGUGGUCGAGCAUGUAUACUGCGAACAGUUAUUAAAGGUAGACAAUGUUUAUCAUGUAAUUUAGGAUGAUAUUUUUAUUAAUGCUAAACUUAAUCAUGUUCUGAAAAGUAUAUAUAUUUAUAUCGUAUAUUUUACAUCUCAUAUAAAACCACCUUCAGGAAUGUUGUUCUUUCCAUAUUUGAUGUAAAAUGAGCAGUGUUUUUGAAAACAUUGUCCAUAUUUCUUUGUAUUCAGGUAUUUAUUGGACUUCAGUAAAAAAGUGAAAAAAUCAAGAAUUAUACACAUAUAUAUUUUCCCAUGAUUAUAAAUGUGGUUUGUAUUAUAGUAGCCACUUUCAACAUUUUUCAAGCCAUGCAAUAUUCUCAAAGUAUAUAUUUUGCAAUGUUUGGUGUACAAGUCACAAUUGAUGUAUACUUUAAUGCUGAUAAAGGAUAGUGACAGACACUCUUUUAGCUUAGGAGAUUUAAUGCAAUAUUUGAAAGUAUGUUCUCAUAUGUAUUUGAAUAAAUUCACUUGUUACGAACAAUACAAAAUGUAGUGUGUUAUAAGAUAAUGAACAAAAUAAUUGUUCAUAGUGCUAUUUAUGAGAAUUGAGGAAUAUAUGGUGAUUUUUCAAGUUUUGUUCACUCUUUGAAGUAUAGCAAUUAUUUCUUUGUGCUUUUAGAGGACUAGUUGACUUUUUGAAAUAUUAGAAUUAGAAAUAUAGAGAUGUAUAUUUGUGCUGCAUAGUGUUGAUUUAUUUAGGAUUGAGCUGUCUUCUUUGGCUUUAAUAAGAACUUUAAUAAGAACUUUAAAAUCCAUGGACAGGAAUACUACAAAAUUUACCUUUUGUUUUGAAAGAUAUUGAUAAUCAAUCUGUUACUUAGGUUGACAUAAUCACUAGCUAUAAAUACAUGUACAGAGUGAUUAU